GCGUGCCCGGCCGCUUCGUCAUUGCGACGGAGGCUGUCGUCUGUCGACGCUGGCCCGUAUGACCGCUAGUCUUUACCGGGACCGGGCGAUUUUGAACCGCGAACCGCUGUGAACACGCCCUCGAAGCCCGGGAACAGUGUCACCUCUAAACAUACGUAUAGCAGACUAAGUGCAUGUGCUUCUAGUCUUGUCGUGUGAAACGCUUACCUGGACCGGCGAUUGUGGCUCAAUGUAAGGAAGCCGCGACCGUGAAUUCAUGUGCGCAGGGAGGUGAGUGCAGGGGCGCAGGGGCGAAAUGGCCACAACAACCAGCUGAUAGCAUGCGGGCGGCGGCGCUCCGGCCCGCCCCAACCUAGCCGAUCACACAACGAGCGCGACUUUAACGGAAAUGAUGACGUGCCGGCUCGGCUCGCGGCGGCUGGGCGGGUCGCGUGGUUCCCUGCAACCCGGCACAGCUUGUUCCGCCGCCAGCGAGCUAGACCUCUCCUCGCGUUCCAGACGCUCACACAAAGCUAGAUUAAAACUGUUGGGUGCAAGUGGAGAGGCGCCCCUGUUGAGUGGGUGGCGAAGCACCCCGCACACGCCCGCCACGCCAGCUCCGCAUCAAUCUCACAAUCAUCUCGCAACGCCACACUGCAAUGGGACUGAUAGCAGUAGAGGAGGUCUCCGUCGGAGGUCAACAUAUACUAGCGGACGGCUACGGUCGGGACCUCACUGGUCCUUCGUGUUCGACCCAGCGGGCCGCCUUUGUUACUAUUGGUCCAUGGUGGUGUCGCUCGCCUUCCUUUACAACCUAUGGGUUAUCGUCUAUAGGUUCGCUUUUCAAGAGAUUAAUGGUGAGACGUUAAUAGUGUGGUUCUGCCUGGACUAUUUCUCAGAUUUUCUUUAUUUGGCGGACAUUCUAUUUCACUUUCGGACGGGAUAUUUAGAAGACGGCGUUCUACAGACGGAUGCGGCGAAGUUAAGGACUCAUUAUAUGAAUUCAACGACGUUUUACAUCGACUGCCUCUGCUUGUUGCCUCUGGACUUCCUCUACUUGUCCAUCGGUUUCAACUCCAUUCUAAGAUCCUUUAGAUUGGUGAAAAUUUAUCGUUUUUGGGCAUUCAUGGACCGUACGGAACGACACACGAACUAUCCAAAUUUGUUUAGAUCGACCAGUUUAAUUCAUUAUUUACUAGUGAUAUUUCAUUGGAACGGGUGCUUGUACCAUAUAAUAUAUAAAAACAAUGGUUUCGGCAGUAAAAACUGGGUGUAUCAUGAUACAGAGACUGCGGAUGUAGUGAAACAGUAUCUACAAAGUUAUUACUGGUGCACGCUAGCCCUCACUACUAUAGGUGAUCUGCCAAGGCCGAGGAGCAAGGGAGAGUAUGUGUUUGUGAUCGCUCAACUACUAUUCGGUCUGCUUCUGUUUGCAACAGUUUUGGGACACGUCGCCAAUAUCGUCACAUCAGUGAGCACCGCGAGAAAGGAAUUUCAAGCGAAACUUGAUGGUGUCAAGACGUAUAUGCGAAUGCGACGUGUACCUACACAUCUCCAAGUCAAGGUCAUUAAAUGGUUUGAUUACCUGUGGUUGACCCAAAAGUGUUCUGAUGAGGAGAAAGCGGUUUCCUGUCUACCAGAUAAACUAAAGGCAGAAAUCGCAAUAAACGUUCACCUGGAUACUUUGAAGAGAGUGGAGAUUUUCCAAAAUACUGAAGCUGGUUUCUUGUGCGAGUUAGUUUUAAGACUUCGGCCAGUAUUAUUUUCGCCGGGUGAUUAUAUCUGCAGGAAGGGUGAAGUGGGCAAGGAGAUGUACAUAGUUAAUCGAGGCAAACUCCAGGUAGUAGGUGACAACGGAAAAACAGUGUUAGCAACACUCAAGGCUGGUUCUUAUUUUGGCGAAAUUUCCAUUCUGAACAUGGGCACAGCAGGCAACCGGCGGACAGCGUCUGUGCGCUCCGUUGGCUACUCGGACCUCUUCGUGCUCAGCAAGAAGGACAUGUGGGACGUCCUGAAAGAAUAUCCUGCAGCCAGAGUCCGCCUUGAAUCCAUAGCAGUCAAGAGACUCGAGAAAUAUAAGAAAGCGCCUUUAGAAAAGGUGGCUAUGGGUCGUUGCCAAUCGACACCAGGAUUGGUUGAGACCAGUGGACGCGUGCCCAUUGAGGAUAUGCAGCUACCUCCCGCACCUAUUCUGCCGCCAAUUCAAUCUACUCAUCCGCCUUCUUACCGGGACCAGCUAUAUAGUUCUUCAGUAAGCCCCCUUCGUGUAGCAUCACCAGUGGCGUCAUGUGCGUCGAGCGCUCGGAGUAGUGCAGCGGGUGGUGGUAGCGUGGCAGCCAGUAUUGUCGCACCUCGUGUUCUUUUAGACUCCCACGAAGUCCUUGAAUGUGAAAUCAAGAGGCUAAGGGAACGUCUCUACACUGUUGAAACAGAAAACGCUGCCAUGUCAGCAAAAUUGAGUCAGCAACAGUGGGAGGUUGAUCAGAGGUUGCAAGAAAUCGAGAUGCAGAUAUGCGGCGGCAGUUCUCUUAGUUCGCAGGAGGAAAACGAAAGGAAUCGCGAAAGUAUCAUUUAACAGCGCGCCUCUCUCGAGCGUGUGCACUUCGCGCCGCCACCUAGCCUCUUUGUCUGCUGACUGCCACCGUUUCCCUCCCCCCACCCAAACUAAACCGUACGAACCGAACUCACUACUACGAAGUUAAGUGUUUUUAUGAUAAAUAAUAUUUAAAUACGAAUUAACUUUAUCAAAUUUAUAUACAUAUACUUAGUAUAUACAACUCGCUACAAUUAACGAGUGUUCGUGGAGUGAGAUUUUGAAAAGACAAUAUUAUCUUUAAUGUUGUUUAAGUCGAUGUAUGAAGUGAAGUGUGUGAUGUGGAGGUUGCGGUUUGCCGCCCCGUCUUUAUUUCUCUAUUUUCAUAAGACCUUAUAGGUCACCAGAGUCACUAUCUCUUGUGUUUUAUAUCACAUAUACAAUGUGCAUUAAUUAUUAUCUUCAAAUUAUUACUUUCAUAAACAAUUAUUGUAAUUUCCAAUAUAAUUUCCCGUCUGAACUAUUAUUAUUGACGGUGUAAUUAUAAAUAUAGUUUUCCUAUACUAUUCCAUCAUCUGAUUUUGUAUUUCCACAGCUUAAGAGACAUGUGUAUCCUACCACUGUAUUAUUUAUAUAAGCAUUUUAACAAUCUGGAGCUUUAAUUAUCUUAGAGUCCCUGUGAGUUAGACGAGAAAGCGUUUUAUUAUUAAUUUUGCUUCUAAAUUCUUGUGUGAAGGUGUAUAUCGUCGGUAGGAUUGUUUGCUAAUUCGAUAAUUCCAAGUAUAUCUUCAGUAAAUGUUAUUAAAUUUGAAACAGUUCCGAUACAUAAAGAUGCAUAGUGUAUUGUAAUUUGUUAAAUAAAUUUAACAUGUUAAGGGAGUAGCUUAACUUUUAGCAUCGGAUCGGGGAUUAAAUCACUACUGCCAAGUAAAUAAUAAGUAGUUAAAGUGUUUUAAUGUAAAAAUAUUAAUCAACUGACAAUGUUUUGUACUUAAAUUCUUUAUAUUGUACUAAAUUUGUUCAGAAAAUCGUUAUUAUCAUUGAUUCUUCUACGUAAAGUAAGUUUUUAUUGUUGUAACAUAAGAAAUAUUUUCUUUGAAAGGAAUAAGUCGUUUAAAUAUUUAUUGUAUUAUCGUAUUUAGAUUUCAAACGAACCAGGAUUGAUUAUAUAAUAAGUAUCUAAUGAUAAUGUCCUAAUGUUAAGGAGAAAUGUAAAUAUUUAUCUAUGAUCCGUAUUUGUAAGCUGCUGUUUUUGAAAUGGAUUAGGUUUUUUAGCCAUGAGCUGUUCAAUGUGACGUGAACUACGCGCCAUGUUGGAAGGAACCAAUUUUUUAAAGAAUAAAACUUAAAGUAAAUUAUGUAGACAGUUUAAAAAUAUUCUGGCCACCUAUUUAUUAUAUUGAUUGCCGAUAUAUAUAAUAUCAUCUGUAAUAGAUAGGAUUAUUUAAAAGUCAAUGAAUGAUUCAGAUUGUAUCGAUGGGACGGGAAGGAAAUUGACGAAACAUUAAAUGGCGACACAGUUUAGACGACCACUGCAUUACCGGAUUAAUGGCAUGAUAGAUAGGACACAAUUUUUAAAU